AUGGUGUUGUAUGCUAAAUUUCGUAUACUGUUCAAACAAGCUAAGUCUAUCAAAAUGUACAUAAAGCAGGUCAUCAUCCAAGGGUUUAAGAGCUAUAAAGAACAAGUUGCUACUGAUGAUUUCAGUCCAAAAGUUAACUGUGUUGUUGGUGCGAAUGGAUCUGGCAAGUCAAACUUUUUUCAUGCAAUUCGUUUUGUAAUAAGCGACCUCUUUCAUAAUCUGCGCAAUGAAGAUAGACACACUUUCCUCCAUGAAGGAGUAGGACACCAAGUUCUAUCAGCUUCUGUUGAGAUUGUAUUUGAUAACUCUGACAAUCGCAUCCCGGUUGAUAAAGAGGAGGUGCACCUCCGGAGAACAAUUGGUAUACAAAAGGAUGAAUACUUUUUGGAUGGGAAGCAUAUAACGAAAACUGAAGUUAUGAGUCUCUUAGAAAGUGCUGGGUUCUCCCGUUCCAAUCCAUAUUAUGUUGUGCAACAAGGGAAGGCAUGUCAUCUCUUUUGUCUGAUUGCAUCAUUGACUUUGAUGAAAGAUGCUGAACGACUUGAUCUACUGAAGGAAAUUGGUGGGACUCGAGUUUAUGAAGAGUGUCGUUGCAAAAGCUUGAAAAUUAUGCAAGAAAUUGGAAAUAAGAGAAACCAGGUAAUUCAAGUGAUGCAAUACGUGGAUGAGAGAUUAAAAGAGUUGGAUGAAGUGAAAGCAGAGUUGAAGGAUUAUCAGCAGCUUGACAAGCAGAGAAAGUCUCUAGAAUACUCCAUAUAUGAUAAACAAUUAAAUGAUGCACAACGGGAGUUGGAUGAGGUGAACAAGGAGCGACAUGGCAUUUCCGAGGAAUUAGUUAGGUAUUCUAAGUCAUCUGUAGAGAAAGAGGAAGAAUUAGAGAAAUUAGAUAAGUCAUUUAAAGAUCUCACAAGAGAAGUUCAGGGUUUGACUCGAGAUAAACAAACAAUAGAGAAACAACAAACAGUAGCUGUUAAAAAGCACACAGAGGUUGAUCUUGAUGUCAAAGAACUUGAAGAGAAAAUCAUUGGGAGUACUAAAGCCAAGGAUGAAGCUGAAAAACAGCUUGAGGUUCUGCAUAGAGAAAUCAUGGAGUCCACAGAAGAGCUAAACAAAAUCAGGCCUUUGUAUGACAAGCAAGUUAAAGAGGAGGAGGAUAUCACCAAAGAAAUUAUGGAAAAGGAAAAGAAGCUCAGCAUACUCUACCAUAAACAAGGUGGUGCAACCCAGUUCUGUUCUAAAGCUGCACGUAAUAAAUGGCUUCAAAACGUUAUCGAUAAGUAUAACAAGGUUCUGUCCUCCGAUGAGGAGCAGGAGAAACGACUCAAGGAUGAAAUCGGUAAACUUGAGGGAGAUAUGGCAGAACAAGAUGCAUAUAUUCAAAGUCAUCAAAGGGAGAUAAUUUCUUUAGAAACUCGGAUAUCAGGUUAUCGCGAGGGUCUUAACUGUUACAAGUCAAAAAGGGAUGAGCUUCAUGAUAAGUGGAAGUCUUUGUGGGGGACAGAAAGCAAACUUAUAGCUGAAAUCGAGCUACUUAAAGUAGAAGUUGUGAAGGCGAAAAAAAGCUUAGCUUAUUCUACUCCUGGGGAUAUAAGGAGGGGAAUUAGUUGUGUUCGGAGAAUCUGCAGAGACUACAACAUUCGUGGAGUGUUCGGUUCAGUUAUCGAGUUGCUGGAAUGCAAUGAAGAUGUAUUUACUGCUGUUGAAGUCACUGCUGGGAACAGCUUAUUCCACAUGGUGGUUGAAACUGAUGAAAUAUUUAACAAAGUGAUUCGACGCCUUAACACAAAGGAAGGUGGAAGAGUUACAUUUAUACCUCUUAACCGGGUUAAGGUUCCUCAUGUAACUUAUCCUCUAGAAACAUUUGGUGUGAAGCCUCUUCUUAAGGAAUUGAAAUAUCACCCUAAGUAUGAUCAAGCAUUUUCUCAGGUAUUUGCUAGAACAUUGCUUUGUGACAACUUGAAACUUGCUACUCAUGCUGCUAGUACUCAUGGCUUGGACUGCAUUACAUACGGAGGUGACCAAGUUAGCAAAAAAGGUUGUAUGACCGACAAGGAAAUCAAUGCAAUUGUUUCUGAUCAUCAGAAAGAUGAUGCUAAGCUGCGUCACGAGAAAUCAGAUGUGGAACAGCUUAAGCAAGAAAUUGCUAACUAUAAAAAGAACACACGGAAAAUCUCCGAAGUUCUAGAAAAGAAGAAGAAGUUGCUUGCAAAUGUAAAGACUCAAAUUGAGCAGGUGAAAAGUAAUAUUGCUAUGAAAAGAGAUGAGAUGGGAACAGAACUUGCUGAUCACUUAACCCCAGAGGAAAAGGAUCUCCUGUCACAAUUGAAUCCUGAAAUAGCAGAACUCAAAGAAAGGCUUAUAACAAGAAGGAGAACCCGAGUAGAGAUUGAAACAAGAAAAGCAGAGCUCGAGACUAAUCUAUCAACGAAUCUUGCUAGAAGGAAACAAGAACUGGAGGAAGUGAAAGAGUCUCAAGAAACUGAUACUUUAAAUGUUGAAGCUGAAGCAAAGAAGCAGGAAUUGCAAGAUGCAAAAAUGUUUGUUGAAGAAGUGAAAAAACAGCUCAAAAGAGUAUGUGAAAGCAUAGACGAUCGAAACAAGGAACUCAUGAAAAUCAACAAAAAGAAGAGUGAUUUGAAGGCUCAUUUGGAGGAGUAUAAAAAGACCCGCCAAAAUAAAGAUAAACGAGCAGAACAACUUAUUAGUAGAAAAAACAUUUUACGCACAAAACAAGAAGAAUACACCAAGAAAAUCAGAGGAUUGGGUCCCUUAUCAUCAGAAGUGUUCGAAAUGCACAGGUGGAAGAGCAUAAAGGAAUUAUACAAAAUGUUGCAUGCGUGCAAUGAGCAAUUAAAGCAGUUUAGUCAUGUAAACAAGAAAGCACUUGAUCAAUAUUCCGACUUUAUAGAUCAAAAAGAAGAACUUCAGAAACGACAACAAGAACUUGAUGCUGGUGAUGAGAAAAUCAAAGAACUUAUAUCAGUACUAGACCAACGUAAGGACGAAUCUAUAGAACGUACAUUUAAAGGUGUGGCUAAACAUUUUCGAGAAGUAUUUUCUGAACUUGUCCAAGGUGGUCAUGGAUCUUUGAUAAUGAUGAAGAAUAAGAACGGUGACCCUGCUGAUAAUGAUUAUGAUGAGGAUGAGCUUCCUGUAGCUGAUAGAGAGGGGCGCAUAGAAAAAUACAUCGGUGUGAAAGUAAAGGUCUCUUUCACUGGACAAAGGGAGACACAGUCCAUGAAGCAAUUGUCUGGAGGCCAAAAAACCGUGGUUGCAUUGGCACUCAUAUUUGCCAUACAGCGAUGUGAUCCAGCUCCAUUUUAUCUUUUUGAUGAGAUCGACGCUGCACUAGACCCUCAGUACCGAACAGCAGUCGGAAAUAUGGUUCGUCGUGUGGCAGAUAUGGCAAAUACACAAUUCAUUACAACAACAUUCAGGCCCGAACUCCGUUGGAUUUCAUUGAGCAUGACCAAUCACAUAAUACUAAAUGAGACAAGUCCUUCCUCCGUUGGUCAUGGGUUUCUCCUCCCAUAUGGUAAUGGAGGAUAUGAGAGCAAUCCGAUUACAGCAACGCCUGUUCCUUCACAAGAAACCCGUCGUUCUAAUUCCUCCAUAACUCGACCUCGGACUAUCAACACAGAUCUUAACAAAACCCUUCACAAGGCUCCGGCUCCGGUUUCACAACGCUCUGGUGCAUCUCGAUUUAUUCUUUUACCCCUGAAUCAAUCGGAGCAUAUCACCAGAAUACCUUUUAAGAUCUCAUCGGAGAGGUUGUCACUGUAUGAAGAUGAAGCAGCUGCUAGUAAUGGAGGAGUGAUGUUUUUUAUUGUCUUCUAUCCACUCCUCUCGUAUCUUUCUAGUCUUCCAUGUCCAAAUCAACGAUGCUCUCUGAUGUCGUAA